GGAGCCCCGCGGAGACAGACGCAGGAUGGGCUCCAGGUACCCGCGCUCUGUCCAGGUCUACCUGCCCCUGUGGGCCUUAGUGCUGGAGGUAGCUUUCAUUCUCAUCUUCUUCUUUUACACCUCUUAUGAUGUUGCCUCAAAGGAUGGAAAGAAGCUCUUGGAGACCUACAGAGUCUUCCAGGAUGUCAUCAUCAUGGCAGCCUUUGGCUUGGGCUUCCUCACCUCCUCUUUGCGGAGGCACAGCUGGAGCAGUGUGGCCUUCAGCCUCUUCACACUGGCCCUCGGGGUGCAGUGGGCAGUCCUGCUGGAGGGCUUCCUGGAUCAGAGGAUGGUCAUCACACUGUCCAGUAUUCGGGUGGCCACCAUGAGCUCCAUGUCGGUGCUGAUCUCCGCGGGCGCCGUCCUGGGGAAGGUCAACUUGGUGCAGCUGGCGGUGAUGGCGCUGGUGGAGGUGACGGCCUUCUGCACCGUGAGGAUGGCCGGCCGGCUAGUCUUCAACAUAGACAACCACUUGAGCAUGAUGCACAUCCACGUGUUUGCAGCCUAUUUUGGGGUGAGUGUGUCCUUCUGCAUCGCAAAGCCUCUGCCCCAAGGAGCGGAAGAGAAAAUGCAGAUAGCAACGAGCCCCAGUUUGUUUGCCAUGCUGGGCACCCUCUUCCUGUGGACGUUCUGGCCAAGUUUCAAUUCCGCUCUGCUGGACACUCAAAGUGAAAGGAAACAUGCCGUGUUCAACACCUACUAUGCGCUUGCGGUCAGUGCGGUGACAGCCAUCUCAGUGUCGGCCUUGGUGCACCCCCGAGGGAAGAUUGACAUGACUCAUGUCCACAAUGCUGUGCUAGCAGGAGGCGUGGCUAUGGGUGCCUCGGGUCACCUGAUCCCUUAUCCUUUCCUUGCCAUGGUGCUGGGCCUUGUGGCUGGGCUGAUUUCCAUCACGGGAGCCAAGUGCUUGCCGAACAGCUAUAGUGUGCACUAUACCUUCGGCUUGCCGGGUCUUCUAGGAGGGAUCACCUACAUUGUGCUGGCGAUGCUUGAGGUCACCUGGACCAAAAGUUCAAAGGUCGGCUACCAGCUGCUCACCGACGCCGGGGCCCUCAGCCUGGCCAUGGCUGCGGGUCUGGCAUCUGGUCUCCUGACAGGUUUGCUUCUAAGUCUCAAAAUAUGGAAAGCACCUGAUGUGACUAAAUAUUUUGAUGACCAAGCUUUCUGGAAGUUUCCUCAUUUGGCUGCUGGAUUUUAAGCAAAAGAACCUAAGAAAAAGGAGGCCUGUUCAAAAACAAGACAACUUUAUUUUGCUGUUUCCCUUUUUUUUGUAUGUGACACUUGUUAAAGCAAGAUAAAUUUGAUAUUAAUCUCUAUAAAAUUGCUUUAAAAAAAGUUAAUGUCCCCAUAAAAAAUUUGAUGUUAAAAAAUAAAAGACUACAAACUUG